AUGAGUUACAAAUCUGAAGAAUCCGAAGAUGAACUUUCCAUACCCGAAGAGGGUGAAGAGAAAAUAAAUAUUGGACUCUAUAUUGGAGGACGCAAUAAAAAAGGAGAACGUGAUGGUCGUGGAUGGGCCAUACUACCCAAUGGCGAUCAAUAUGAUGGCCAGUAUCGCCGGGGUAAACGUCAUGGUAUUGGUUUAUAUGUAUUCCUAGAUGGUUCCAGAUAUUAUGGCCAAUAUCGUUGUGGUCGCCGUUCUGGUCGCGGCAUUUUCAUCUAUCCCGAUGGCAGUUAUUACGAAGGUUGUUGGCGCAGGAAUUUAAAACAUGGUAAAGGACGUUAUUGUUAUACGAAUGGAGAUAUUUAUUGUGGUAGUUGGUAUCGUGGUUUACGACAUGGUAUCGGGAUCUAUACCAUGUCCCAGAAUUCUGUGGGUUCUGCAUGUGGUAAUCUACGUUUUAAGGGUACCUGGCGUCAGGGAGUACGCGUUGGACCAUUUCAGCUGACCUAUGGCAAUGAUGAAAAAUGUGUUACCUUACAUGGUACAUGGGAUAAUAAAUAUCCUCAGGGACCGGCGGUAUUUAGUUUUGAUAAUCGUUAUUUGUUAAUGGGUUAUUUCCAAACACCGGGCACCAAAAAUGUGGCCUUAAAGUAUGGCGUGGAGGAGGAUGAUGCGGAAGAACAGCCACUCGAGGGAGAGAAAGAUAAACAAGAUUCCUGGUCCCAUGAACCUUCGGUGUGGUAUGCCCAAGAGAUGUGUAAUUAUGAUUAUGCUCUUUUGCCCCAAGAACCAGUACCAUUGCCUCUAUCGGAUUCCGAUCUCUCUAUAUGUUCGAUAAUAAGUGUUGUACCAGAAAUAACCGUGGAAAAGGAACCAAUAUGCCACGGUGAAGGCGAAGAAGAAGAUCAACCACCAUUAGAAUGUGUCUCAUGUGAAUGUAAUUGUUCCGACACCAGUGAAGUGGAAUGUUCAUCGAGUCUGACAUGUUUACAUCGCACUGGAGAUCCUUGUGCUAUUGAAAUUAUAAAUGAAAAAUCGGGUCUCUGA